AUCAACUAGACUCGCCGCCUCUGAAACCUGAAUACACAAAUAACCCUCGCCAGAGAGCUCCGCCGCUGCCAGGAAAAAAUGGAGACGGCGAGAACUGUGAAAGACGUUUCUCCUCAUGAGUUUGUGAAGGCGUAUGCUGCGCAUCUCAAGCGUUCCGGAAAGAUGGAGCUUCCUCACUGGACCGAUAUUGUGAAAACUGGUACCUUCAAGGAGCUUGCCCCAUACGACCCUGAUUGGUACUAUAUCAGAGCUGCAUCCAUGGCAAGGAAAAUAUACUUGAGAGGAGGGCUUGGUGUUGGAGCUUUCCAGAGAAUUUAUGGUGGGAGCAAGAGGAAUGGUAGUGCCCCACCUCAUUUCUGCAAGAGCAGCGGUGGUAUUGCUCGUCACAUUCUUCAGCAGUUGCAGAACAUGAACAUCGUGGACUUUGAAGCCAAGGGUGGGAGGAAGAUCACGUCUAACGGUCGAAGAGAUCUUGACCAAGUUGCUGGAAGAAUUGCCGCGGUUACCCCAUGAGGUUUCAUGGACACAAACUUGUAACCGGCACACAUUAAAUUACAUUUUAAGGUAUUAAUUUUGCUCAUCUUGGUUAAAGCCACCGGAUAUAUACCCAAUAUUAAUGUGUUAUUUUGCGGGUUAGUUUUGAAGUUUGUUUUCUUCACUUUUGACACCAAUUUCUACUCCAAGUCGUGUUUGAUGAAUUGUUUAGUUUUAAGAUUCUUUUGUCGAUUAAAAUUUCGGCUUCAGUUAUCGCCAA